CUUGAAAAAAUCCUAUGAAGUUGCUGUAAACAAGAGAAUACAUAGGAGACACCCUUACACAAGAAGAGAUCAUUCUACACAAGAUUCAAAGGUUAAUUAAGACAUGGCAUCGGCUUUUAGAUCAUCUACGGCGUUGGUUCUUGUAUUUGGUGUAGUGGUCUUGUGUUCCGUUACUCCUGUCCAAGGUUGGAGUAAAGAAGGUCAUAUACUUACAUGCCGGAUUGCUCAAAAUCUUUUAGAAGCAGGACCGGCACAUGCCGUCAAGAAUUUAUUACCGGAUUACGUGAAAGGAGAUUUAUCGAUAUUGUGUGUGUGGCCUGACCAGAUCCGAUAUUGGUAUAAGUACCGUUGGACCAGUCCUCUCCAUUACAUCGACACUCCCGACCAAGCCUGCUCUUACGAAUACGACAGGGAUUGCCAUGAUCAACAUGGGUUAAAAGAUAUGUGUGUGGACGGAGCAAUACAGAAUUUUACGUCUCAGCUUCAGCAAUACAGUGAAGGAAUAUCUGAUCGUCGACAUAACAUGACCGAAGCCCUUUUGUUCUUGUCUCAUUUUGUGGGAGAUAUUCAUCAGCCGAUGCAUGUCGGAUUCACAAGCGAUGAAGGAGGAAACACGAUAAAAUUACGCUGGUACAGACACAAAUCAAAUUUACAUCAUGUAUGGGACAGGGAGAUCAUUCUCACAGCCCUAAAAGAAUACUACGACAAGGACUUGGAUCUUCUCCAAGAAGAUCUUGAGAAGAACGUUACCAAUGGGUUAUGGAAAGACGAUAUAUCUUCGUGGACAGAAUGCAACGAUCUCCUCGCUUGUCCACACAAGUAUGCUUCGGAGAGUAUUGAGUUAGCUUGUAAAUAUGGAUAUGCAGGCGUGAAGUCAGGUGUAACAUUAUCAGAGGAGUAUUUCGAUACAAGGAUGCCAAUAGUGAUGAAGAGAAUUGUUCAGGGAGGACUAAGACUAGCCAUGAUACUAAACCGAAUUUUUAGUGAUGACCAUGCUGAUGUCGCUGCCAUUUGAACCGAAACCGGACCAGGAUCACCAAAACAUUUGAUUGGGAAACUAUUUGGUCAAUUACAAAAUUCCAUAAGACUGAUCAGACACUCUUUUCUUAGUUCUAUUUCCAUUUGACACCUAAUGCCUGCGGGGCUAGUUAUUUGUAUAUGUGUUUAGGAUUAAAUCAUAUGCUAGUUUCAUCGUGUGGUUGUUUUAUAUACUAUAAUCAGAUAUUUAGUUGAAAUGUUUAAAGUUUUUCUUGAGA